GUGAAAAGUUUUAAAAGGUAGUAAAGGGUAGUAUGAUCAGAGGAGAAGGACACGCUCUUGUAGUAAUUAUCUUGCAAAUAGCUGUUGAACUUACACAAAAUGUAGCGGGUAAGUAAUAUUCACUAUUGAUUAGAUGCGUCACUACUUGUAUCUUACAUAAGCUUAAUUUCAUUUUUAAAAGAGUUAAACUUGAGGUUGAAUUCUGCAUGCAUGCAUAAACGCUUUCGAUUACAAUUAUUUUAUUUGUGUUUUCAAAAUGAUCCGCUGUUGUUAUUACGUUCGGUUUUGUCUUAAAAUGUUACAGCUUCGAUUUCCGUGGCAAUGUAAGCUCUCCGUCAUUUACAUGUCAGUUGUCGAUUUUUAAUACUCACAUAUACUCCAUUCCGUCUUGUUACUUGAGCAUCUAUUCAUCAACAGUAUUUUAGCUAGCGGUUUCUCUCGCUUAUACAUGCUAAAGCGUAAUUUUAUCUGCUGAAUCGUUCGAUUCCCAUUUUUUGUACUUUGGUGGCGUGACUGUCACCUGAGAUGAUGGUGUCUUUACUUUUAAACUAGAAUUACGUAUCUCGUAAUAACCUUCGCGAAAUGCGGUUCUAUUUCGUCACCAGUUCUUUUUCAUUGGUCGUGAAAUCAGAUGUGUAGUUCUUGCAUUGAAGAAGACAGGCUUUUACUGUUUUGUGGAUUACUUUUUUCUUUUUUUGUCGAUGUCUAAUGUAUCGGUCAAAUCGAAGCGUCAACAUGCCCCCCCCGGGCAUACCCCGGGCAUUUGACACUUUUGCCGUCCCGGGGAGGAGGGAAUUUGAUUAUCAGAGUCUUUCAGGGGGUGGGGAAUUUGAUCCCCAUGCGUUAGGGGUGGGGAAUUUGAACUGCACCCUCGAUUUCAUGUAAAAUCUUUGGCGUAGCGAGCUAUCAUGGGGGACGCGGUGUUAAGAGGAAUUUUGUGGAAAAGAUUGUGCCUUUGUGGCCAAUUGCUUACGAGGAAAGGGCUUAAACAAGCUUUGUGCCGCAUUUGAAGUAUUUAAAUUUUACAAUUUUUAAUAUUGGAUUCAGGCUUUGAAUGUAUGAAUGUAUUUUAUUGUUGUGUUUACAAUGAAAUACAAUACCUAUACCGGCGAUUCAAUACAACGACAUAAAAUAAUAUAAAAUAAAAUAAAAAGCUCAGGUCAACUACUUUGACCUACUGCAAGUAUGUUAAUUAAUAAGGUGAGCGACGAUGCAUGACAGUGAAAUGGUCAUGAUGUAGUAAUCUCACUAGGUGGGAUCUAUUUUUAUAGAACGCUUUGUAUGUUGCAUGACGAAGAAAAGCUGAGCAUUCAGUGACCUUGUAGCAGUGAUUUUCGCCGCUUUGCACGAGACUUUUGUUCGUAGUAAAUACGCUAACAGUGUUUCUCAGUUUUUGUUAUAUUUAUAAUUAUUUUGUUUGACAACUGAAGGCAUUUCCGCCAUACUUCUGUCAUUUUUUUGGCCCAGGUAGGGGGGAAUUUGAACAAUAAUUUUCAAAAAAGUCAAAUGCCCAGGGGGUUGCCCGGGGGGGAGGGGCAUGUGGAAGCUUCGAUUUGACCGAUACAUAAGAACCAAAAAUUCAUUGAACGGGGUUAGGAACUUGAUGGCAUGGAUGGGUAACCCACUGCAAUAUUGUCAUAAAGGUCCCUACUUUGUUCUUUCCUUUUUUCUUCUUCUUCUUUCUGUAUUGUCUGGUUUUAUUUUUGAAAGUGUAUUGAAAAGCAUAUAUUUUAGCAAUAUUUCGGCUACCAGAUUAAGAACAAAAAACACAAAUAAGGCAGUGCGGUUCUUCUUGUGCAGGCUUGGGUAAUUAUACAGGUCCAUACUUAAUAAUGGGGACAAUAAAUUAAAAAAAUGUAAAUUGGUUUCUUACCCACGAAGCACUUAGGAGUUCAUAUAAACUCAGUUAAAUGUGUCCGUGCGUUCCAGAACAAAUAAUUUGGAAUUUGGAAGUGUUGGUUUUUGAGGAGAGGGGAAAACCAGAGUACCCAGAGAAAAACCUCUCAGAGCAAGGGAGAGAACCAACAACAAACUCAACCUACAUAUGGCGUUGACGCCGGGAUUUGAACCUGGGCCACAAUGGUGAGAGGCAAGUGCUCUCACCACUACGCCACCAUUGUCGUGUCUGAUAACUUGGGGCUAGUGGAUUUUGCUACUGGGCUAGUGUAUUCUGUGCUUCAGCCAAGUGAAGUUUUUGGGGAAACAAAUAUUUACAGAAGAAAUUUAAUCAAUGCUCAUGAAUCAAAAAUUCGUUUUGGACAAGUUGAAAUGACUUUUGGGCUAGUACAUGUAAAUGCUAGAUAAAGCUUGCCGGAAUGGUAAGCUGUAAAAAUGACUUUCUUUGUACCCUGCAACAAACAAAAAUGGACCAAGGGGGUCCACUGGAGUGGAGAUUAUCCCUUUUUCUGCAACAUCAAGCAGAUCCCCAAAGAAAAAAGAACACCACACACACUGUUACUGUAUCAGUAAACACAGGUGUAUGUGGCCAGGGAUUAUGUGUCUUAUUGGGGGUAGCAACUGAUGUAUCAGCCAUUAUUGUAGUCAACUUUCAUGCAAUAUAAUAUGGAACCAACUCUUGACCAACAGAAUGACCAAGAUGUUGGCUGAUACAUGAAAAUAGCCGGUGAUUUUGGUAACUGAUCUAUCUGGUUUCAUCCGCAGCCAAUAUAUGUAACAAGCAAUAGUGUCCACCGUGUGUCAGUUGACAGGUCCCUCACAACAAAGGGUAAAGCCUUUGGCAGAAGGUUGGAAAAAAAGUUGUACAGGCGAUGCUGAUUGUUGACUGAUACACCACCAACACCUUAACGACUGAUAGCUCACUGAUACAAUGUACAUUCCUGACACACUACUGAUGUUAUUGGGACCAACCUAUACUCAAUUGACAGUAAAAUGCCACUUGGUUGACUGACACUCUUGCAACAUUUCAACCAAUAUAACAACUGAUAUGUCAACCAAUAGCCAACCCAGAUAUCAUUCGCUACAUUGGUCGAAACCCCCUAUAUGACACAUGAUCCAUGGCCUGCUAUUAGUUACAAGGUGAUCUAUCAUUAUGAGAUCUUCCUCAAGAUGAACCUACAGAUAACUUGACUUUAUGAUUCUUGUCAAUCUUAUACCCAAGAGUUGAACCUUGAUCUCCAGCCAUAGGGGGAGCUGCAAGUAGUACAUGUAAGUCAAUCCAAGCGUAGAUUUGGAAGCCAAAUAAUUAUACAAGAAAUGUUCACGUGUGUUAACCCCACCAAACUAGUAAAAUACUUUUGUUACUUUUAGUCAUCUCUGCAGAAAACUUUGAGCUUCAACCAAACAGAGGAGAAAAAAGAGAACUCCAACCCUUUGAGCACCUGGACUUGAUGUUCUGCAAAGCAGAGGCGGCAUGGAGAUUUGUAAUUUACCAAGUACAUGCUCAGCAGAACAAUGUGACAUUAUCUCUGAAACCUGGAACACCUUAUGGAUUUACUGUAACUGGUUCAAAUGUUGCAGCUCUGCAUCCUUUUAAAAUAAGGAAUCCAAGGAACCGAACAAGCCAUCUCUAUUUAAAAUCUGAAAACAAUCACAGUACCUAUAACACUGAUAUAAUGGCAGUACCUUAUGAAGAUAAGGGUAAGUUUUGAAGUUUAACUUUCCUCUUUUAAUUUUGAUCAAUGUUCCAAUAUGCAGAUAAAUCCAUGCUAAGUGACUAUUAAGGAACCUGUUUGUUUUAAAGUUUUCUAUCAAACUAACAAACUUUCAUAAUUUUGCGCGAACAAAGAUCCAAACCCUACGUAUCUUAAAUCUCAUGUUAUUUACAAACUUUCAUGUCCCCCUUGUAAUGCUGAAUACAUAGGCAAGACUCGUGACACACGUCUCAGAGUAAGAUUAGAUGAAUGCAGCUCUGACCAUAAUUCUGCAAUGUUCCAACACUUGCACGGCUGCGAGGCAUUUAAGUUUUUGUUUUCUCUGAAUAAUUUGCCUGGUUGUUUUAAGAACAAAGCCAAUGCAGUUAGUUUCAAUUCCCACAUUCACCAAACAAUUUUGAACAACACAACAAUUAUUGCAUACAUCAAUAACUAUAACCAAUUAUGUUUCCUGGAAUCUUUAUUAAUUAAGAGGUACAUACCUCAACUUAACUAUGGCAUUAAAGCUGCCAAAGAGCUUACUGUUUUAGCUUUAGGUUUAAUUUGAAUUUCAGCAUUUUUUGUUAUGCUUUCUUCCACAUUCUUGUCACAAUUAUUAGUUUGUUAAUAUUCAGUCACACCUGUCUGGUUGGCUCUCUUUAUAAGUUCAGUGCUUUUCCAUCUUGUAUUUCACAAUAAUAAAUUAUUGAUAAUGGUCUUGAAAUAAGAACCAAAAAAUUAUGUUUAUUUAUUUUGUCAUUUCUUGCUUAUACUUUUAUUUUAGGUUAGCAAGAUGUUUUUUGGAGUUGUUUUUGUAUUAUAAUUAUUUUCUAUGCGACUAUUUUGUGGUAUUUGUUUGGCACCCUAUAUAUACAAAUUGUGUGUAGGUUUGUGGGGGUAAACAAAAGAGGCAAAAUACAGGUGUGUGAAUACCAGUGUAAUAGGAAUCAUACACUGCAGCAGUGAUUUUUAGUUGCUUCCUUUUAAUUGUGGGUGUCAAAUUUUACUUUUGGAAACUGAUUGGCAAGCCAGCACAUUAAUGACUCAUUUUCCUGCUCAAAUCAUGUGAGGUGUUUAAAUGGUGAAAGUUUCACAGGUUCACUUCUUGGCUUGAUUGUAAACCAAUUGUGUUAGUAAAAAGCGGGUGUGUGUAGGCCUGCGUGACUGCUUCAGGCUAGUAAACUUCAGAAAUACAGUUGUAGCAUACAAAAAAACAAGCAAUUAUAUUUUUUUUCUGUUGCUGAGGUUUACUAGCUUAAAGUAGCUGGACCGGCCUACACAACCUCUUUUUCACUCAGAUUUACUUUAUCUUGGCAAAAUUAACGUUGCGUACCCAUCAAAAAACUUGAAAUUAUUAAAUAUUGCUAACCUAAUGGGCUGCUCCAUUAGCUAUAGCCCCAGGUUAUCAGACAGCACUUUUUUUGUGCCCUGACAUUUUGCAAUAACCUCUGACACACCUUUUACAUGUUAUUUUAUGACAUAUAAAACAGAAAAUGACAUAUGUCAAUUGCUCUUUCAGUUCCUUUUCCAGGUGGUUGCUGUCUUACCUGUGCUAUGGAGUUUGAUCCAAAUAUUGUUGUCUCCCAUGAUUCAGUUGAAACCAAUAUAACCUUCUCAUUUGCCAAUGUUUACUAUGGAAGGUGAGUUCUAAUUGUUUUUAAUAUAAUAAUAAUUCUUGUUUUAUCAGGCUGAGUACUCUUCUUAGCGGACAUUCUUUUGGCUUUAAAUUAACAUACAGUGUAACGUUGAGGGAAAAGGAGAAUAAUUUUGUUGCCUGACAAGCAAAUUAAACCAGCCUUUUGACUACAGCAGCAUAUAUACCACACCUACAAGUAGAACCAUCAUUCUAGCAGCUAUAGCGUGAUAAUUAUUGAUGUACAGGUCUUUAACCCUUAAAGCCCCAGUAUCCACAUACAAAUUCUGCAGACUUAUCUCAUGUAUGACAACUCUCCCGGACAUGAUACCGAUCUCCUGCUUUCCCAUACGGGUCACCAAAUCUCUCAGAUAAAAUCAUCUUUUGCGCUUUUCUGUGCUUUAUUUGACAUUUAGCCCAUUUUUUAUUCAAAAUUUGAAUUUUUUUAUUUGUCGUACAGUUUCUGGGGCAUUUUUGCACGUAUUUCAGUCACUGACAAAGAUUAUUUCAGGAUCAAAAUGAUGAUUGCAUUUUUUUAGUGAAUAGAGUGAAUCACACCAGCUACCCAUCAGUGCUUCAAGCUCAAUGUUUGGCAACCUAAACAUAUUAAAUGGUUGCCUUUAACAAAAAAUAUUGGUGUCCAGAAAACAAGGCACCUUUUGCAAUGCUUCAUGGACAUAUUGAAUGGCUGCUUAACCAUCACAAUCGAAUUUGGAGACACACACAACAUCUCCAGGGGGAAAAUAAGAUUAUGAAGAAAGUGGAAAUGUUUCAUAAUCUCAGUGAAAGACCAUGAAUGCAAACUAGAAAGACCAUAAAAACCAAAAUAUAACAAAGGAGCAAGGGACUGGCAAAACUGUUCGUUACGACAAGGUUUCAUUAUCUUGAGGUUGUCUUCCACAUAUUUUAGUAAACUGGAGUAAAGAAAAUCGUCUCGUUAGAUAGAGGUUUGUUAAAUCGAGGUUCCACUGUAAUGAAUUAAUUUCACUACAGCUCCAAGGCACAUUUAUAACCCGGCAAAAUAUUGGCAACUUUCACUGCAAUUUUAGUUAACAAAUUUUUUUUCUAUUCACCAUGGCAACACAAACAGUCACAACAUGGAGUGCUGCCAUUGGCAUUAUUCCAGGCAGAUGGUACUAGUACCCCACCCACCCCACUCUGGAGGGAGGGCGUCGGUUCCUUAUUUAACCAAUGCAGGUGGACAGGCUAUGUAUGGUUUUUUGGCAACUUUGUCUUUAAUAAGUCUUUGACCCAUUCGCCCCUGAACAGCCCAUAGCUGCCCAUGUGGGUCAACGUCCCUUCUACUGCUUGUGACAGCAUCAGUUUUAACAGUCAAGAACAACUUUAUCCACUUACUUGUGCAGGGUGAAGAGAUCUUUCAAACCAUACCAGAAUGAGCACGAUUCAGUAGAGGAGACCGAAGAAAAAUGCAAAAAAAAACUUGUAACAUUGACUCGAAAAUACCCUUGAAAAUCUUGUUUCACUACCCACCUACCCUUCCUUUCAUCUAAUCCUAAAAUCCUAAAAGCUUUCCCAAAACUUUUCCCACUUACGAGGCCAAGAAAGGUAUAUGUGUGUUAGGUAUUUGAAUCUCCUGCAUUGAUUGUCCACAUUAUCUCCCUAAAAAAUGAAGCCUACUAAAUGCCCAGCAAAAAAAAAACAUGGAGCAAGAUAAGCAAAAGAAGAGGGGAGGAGAGAAAGUUUUGAAAUUUUGCUUUCCAUGCAUGCCUCAACUUCGCAAGCUAAUAUUUUGCAGCUGGAUCAGAAGGCUGCCAGGAGCAGCUUUGUAGUAAGUUUUAUUAAGCUCUUUAUUGCCAGACAGUGACUGGAAGACUGCUCGACUAGCUUCAAAAAGCAUUUUUCGGCAAAAAUUGCUGGGGGGGGGAUGGGUUAAACAGGUUUCUAAAACAUAGAUUGGUAUUUUACAUGUAUAUAUCAUAAGUAUGUUACAUUCUUCUUUUUUCCUAAACUGGGUACAAAAUGUAAAACAGGUUGACAAACUCUCUACAGCACCCUGGCAUCGCCCACCCAAUCUUGGUCUGUGAAUUCCCCAUUCCAUUUCAAAAAGAGUAAAAGUCAUAUAGUCACUGGAUCACAGCAGCUUAGAAGGACAUCAAAGCUCUACUCUAAGAAAAAAAUAUUGGGUCCAGUGCUCUGAACCUGAGAAAUCCAGGGUGGCCAUCAUGUGAUUUAAGUGAAAAACUAAGAUUUUCUAGUUGCCCAAGAGUAAACGUAACUAGGCACCUGGGGCAGAUGGGGCACUGCUAGAACACAGCCCUGAGACAUACUUUCUAUUUUGAACUAUUGUAAAAAAAAAGUUUGAAUUUUCAUUUUCACAGAUCUGGUAAAAAAGGUAGUAGUCUGGCUCCCCCAUGUGAUGGCAACAAGGUGACUGGAAAGCCACCUGAGCAUUUCCGGCUGGAGUAUUAUGUUUAUCUGAUGUUUCUUCCCGAAGGGGAUGUUUCAGAAAAAUCAUUCUUUCAGGGUGUGGAAGAAAUGGCUUAUCCUGCCAGGAUUAAAAAUCAUGGCCAGAAAGUAAGUUAAUGUUAAAAACUUUUGUUUGUAGUCAGCAGGAUGAGCCAAUAAAAAAAUUGUUCUCUGGCUAUGCUAAUACUUUCAUAAUAUUGUACAAGAUCUGAACUGCCUGAUCUAUAGCCUUUCCAGAAAAAUAUUAUUUUAAUUCUUCAUAAAAUUUUACCUUCUAAGAUCAAAAGGUCAUGCAGCAGAUACAAUCAUUAUAAUGAUAUUAGAAAAUUUCUGUGUAUUAGUAGAUUCAUGAGUGUUCUUAUCCUUUCCUAGUAAAAGUGACCUGUAAAAGAUCUUGCCAUUUUCAAAAUUCAAUCAUAAAAGUCUUCAAGUGAAAUGUGACGCUGAAUUCUAGUUAUUUGCAGCUAUCUUUCAGAAUUUGGUCACCACAGUGUACAGGUUUUAGGGAGUUUUAAGCACUCUGAUGCCUGUAUAAGUGGGGGAAUUACAUGCGGUAAACUAAUAAAAAACAUUGUUAUACCUACCAACUCAAGCUCUCUUUCUUGCUGGACAAGAACAUUGUCAUAUACUAUUAAUUUUGUCAAAACAAUCUACAGUGUAGGUCAACUCCCUUUUUCAGUCAGAGUUCCUUUGUUUUAAAUUAUUUUUUUUUCUAUUACAAUAAUGAUGAGGUAUCAAAAAAUUGUUCACAAAUUAAUAUUCCGUUAAGGGAACGCAUCCAAAUAUUGGUCGGGAACCCGAUCAUGGGAAAUGGACCCGAUCAUGGGAAAUGGACCCGAUUAAUUUUCCGAUUGAUCGGGAUCGGUACCGGUCUAUAGGCACCAGUUGCCUUUUCCAAUUACGAUAAAAACUUUGCCGAUUCAAUCGGAGCCGGUUGACAUUCCGAUGUUCGUAUGUGUCAUCGUCAUAUUAUUUUAUCUGAUAUGUAAAAUGAAGCGUGUCACGAAACCAAAUGAUGAAAGAGUCGUUUCACUUAAUUUCAAUCAACUGUAGCUUUUUCCUACUCCAUAACAAAUAGCAAUUUUGUAUGUUCCUGCAUGUUGUGUUUCGAGUUUGUUGAUUUGAUGCGUCCCUAUACACGUGAUUUUCGGCAUUUUGCAGAGGUAUUUCCUUCAGUCAAUCGCAAACACCACGCUGCUCCAUAACAUUUAUUAUAUGAAAAUUAAUUAGGAGUUAAAUAUUACGACGCAAAACACCACUGUUCUUCGUUGAUACAUAGCAAACAAAACACCUUACUGAGCACCGGUAGUGUGUUCUUUACUCGAUACUUUCUAACAAUGCAAUCCAAAAGCACAACCGGAACUCACUUUCUCAAAACACAACUGGAUGCAUAGACUUGUUACAAGUAGACCUCAACGGGUUUCCUAGCGAGCGGAGCGAGAACAAAACUAUGGAAAAUAUAAAACCACGGGAUAAACUUUUACGAAGAUUCAACGAUCCUAAACGCAAGGUGUAAUGCAAUCUGAGGCAAAAAAUACCGACCAAUUAGAUUGCGGCCUCCGAUUGUCUCCAUGGAAUUAGCAACAAGAACUGAAAGAUUCCCACACUCGCGAGUCACGGAAGACACGGAACGAAGUUUCAUACAGGAGCUACCAAAGAGAGAAUGGCUUAGCGACUUUGCUGUUCUGUGAGCUUGAGCAUGGUGCCACGUGAAAUUGCUUUCCACUCUCAGCACUCAGGAAAAUUUGCGCUUGACCCUAGUUGGCUGAUUUUUGUCAACCUUUUUUACCGGAGUGUUCAACUAAAGCAAACUGUGCAUACAUCUGUAUAAGUUCGACUCAAUUUAAUAGCGUAAAGAGAAUCGAGAAAGAGAAAACCAGUUGAACGCCUCCAUCAGUCACUUUUCUGAGUUCAUAUGCAACCAAUAAACAACUUGCAGCCUUAUUCUCAGACUAUGUCCUCUUCUCCCCUGUGGCAGUUUAGCAGUUAAAGUACACAACACGGUAACAACAUUUGCAUUUUGGUCAUGGAUGUUCUGACUUCUUUCUAUUUUUUUCGUUUACAGUCCUAAACUGUUUAUUCCUCCAAAGAUUCCUAUAAUCAUACGUUUUGGGUUCCAGUUAGUACGGGCCCAAGCUAUUUUAGAAUUAUCAUUUUGAGAUCGUACAUUGCGCCGUCUUUAAGAAUUGCGACCCUUUGCCGAUUCCGUUUCAUUCGGUACCGAUAAUAUCAGGUCCGACCUUCAAUGGAAUCGGAAAAAAUCGGUGCCCAAUUGAUCGGCAUCGGUGUGACCCGAUGCCGAUAUUUGGACGCGUUCCCUAAUUGUAGGUAGGUUGUGAUAAAUUCAAAUGGGAAUUCUGAUAAAAUGCUAGAUUCUCCUUUAAAGGCCCUUCAUAUAGUUGUUAAUCAAAGGGAGAAUUAAGUAUUAGGUCAGAAGUCUCCCAGGGCUUUGUUCUAAGCACCCCUGCACUUUAUUAUUGAGCUUCUCGCAAAUACCUCAUACAAUGUAACAAAUAAGUUAUCAUUCUGUUUCUUUUUAAUAUGCCCCUGUAGGUUAGCACUCUGAAGGCACCGACAGUCCCAGUGUUAAAGUUUCUUACUUACCCAGUUGGCCAGGGUGUGGUCUUCAAUGUGAUAGUUUAUGACCCAGAUACGAAAAAGGAGGCUGCAUAUUCACCAGUGGCAUCUUAUGCAUGCGUAGGAUGUCAUCAACAUAGUAAGUUUUUGUUUGAGUGCCCAGACGUAUGCUUCUCUUGAAAUAUUAUACCAAUAAUGUUUUGUCAGUAUUACUCAUUAUUAUACAUGUAGCAACUUAAAACACACCAUUCUCAAAGUUGUCACUAAGGAUUGGGGGUUGGGGAUUUCCCCCAGCUACCAUGCAAAUGAUUACCAGCUAUAUUCAUUGGGAGCAAAAGAAAAUAGGACCCAGACAACUUCCUAGAAGACCUGCCCACUAAUUAUGUAUACCCGGCAACUUGCUUAAUCUUACAGACAACCCUGCUACUCUACAGUAAAUAUUAAGUGAUGUUAAUGAAGAAAGUACAAAUUAUUGAAUGAAAUUACAGUAUUAUUACUUUCAUUAGCCUGAGAAAAUUGCCAACAUUUCGCGACACCACCAUUGGUUUCCGCCCAAAAUGACAUGUGUGAAACAAGCACAGGAAUUCCUUACUGAUGACACAUCAUUAAGAGAUCUUGGGAGUGCUUCUGAUUGGUCAUGCUGCAUGGAAAAUUUGCUUCGGCCAAUCAGAAGCACUAUCCAGAUCUGGUUAGUGGCGCAUCAUCAGUAUGGAAUUCUUGUGCUGGUUGCUCAGACGUAAUUUCACAGGGAAACCAGUUGUGGCGUCACAAAAUGUUGGCUGUUUUCUCAGGCUAUACUUUCAGCAUUUGAAAAUGUCUGAUGCAACUCUGUUCAUUUUUUUCUCUUUUUUUGUCAAUUUGCAUCACUAACUGGUGUAACCCAAACUGUGGGGUUUAUUGGAAGAAUUAAAUAAAGGGGCUUACCCAAGUGUUUAUUGCUAUUAAUAUUAGUUAUCAUUACCAUCAUGAAUCGCUGGGAGGGGGCUACUGAAGCUUCAAUGGGUAGGGGUACGCUGCCAAAGCUAAUAAACCCAGACCCUGUUUAAGGUAUCAUCCAGGGUAAAAAAUUAUAAUUUUUUAAUAAUGAUUAAAUAGAGCUAUUCAAGAGCUUUCUUUUAAAAAAAAAUUGCAGGAAAAAAUGUUUUUUCUGUGCAGACUUAUGGAGCGCAAAAGUUUUUUCUAUGUCAAUUAUUUUAAUUGAUCAUUGACAAGUCCUGUCAUACUUGAUACGCAUGUCGCUGUUGAACCAAGCUAAUCAUGCAAUUUGACAGAGAUCGUGGUCUACAAGUAUAGUACUCACUUUUUUUCCCUGGAUUUUGGAAGUGAAUGCCUCCAAAGAAGAAAAAAAGCUUGUCCGUUUUCAUACACGACUCCAAGACGAAAGAAGAUGACAAAAUCGUGUUAAGAAGCGAAUGCGAUCUUAAUUGGCUUCUUCCGUUUUUUUGGCUGGCCUGGACUUAAAUUUACUGUGACAUCCACUUUCACAAAAAGCUUCUCAUUUCUAAAUCGCGUUAAUAUUUUGAUUUUUUAAAAGGAAUAAUAAUCUGGAACUAUUAAGCUUUCAGAAAAUGUAUGGUUUAUGGGGGUAUUUAUUAAAAGCAAAAGCGCUAGUGCCGAUCAACGCGAGGAGGGUGCUUGAGGGUGGAUGAUACCUUAAAAUCCAUUAUUUUAUUAUUUUCACCUUCCUUCCGAAAUUUGACACUUCUUUUUGGGAACAGUUUUCUUUCUUUAAAUUAGAGUGGUGCAGUUAACCUUUUUUUCAGCUAUAAACUGAGGACACACCUCACAUUUAAAACCAUACACCACACAGGUUCACUCCCUGCUCAAGUUGUUCAGUCCACAAAUAUUUUGUAGUGAAAUUGUACACCCUGUUUAUUACUCAAAAACCAUACUUUUAUUUGUGGCACAAAAUACUUGUUCAGUUCAGAAUGAUAACUUUAUAGUGCAUCCCCAUUAAUCUCACUUUUAUCAACAUCUUCACCUUUAUCAUACUUGUUGGAGUUAAAAAUAAAAAUAGACGCAAUAGUUCAGUUUACAAUAAUAUAAUUAAAUUGAAUGUAUUUUAAUUUGUAUUUUCUGCAGUUGUUGCAGUUGAUGCUGUGUUUGCAGUUAUUGGAAGUAUUCUAGGCCUUAUCUUUUGCUUCUUUGGGUUAUAUCUCUUCAAAUUCAGUAAGUUUUCAGAACAACGACAGUAGGCUUUGUUUAUGUUCUGUAGUAUUUUGCACAAAAAUUGCUGAUUUUUCACAUACAGGCUUUUUUGUGUGUGGUAAGUUUUGCCCUGUAUUUUUUAGCCAUUUUCCACUUUUUUCCUUUAAAAACCAUACGCAAAAACAUAGCCAGCAUUCAGAUGUUCAACAUUUUUAAACUUGAUGUUUUAAUAGCCUCCUGAAUUUGUAUCUCAUGUAUUGUCAGAAAAUUAUUAGUGGAAAUGUUUGUAGGUUAGUAUGAUGAAAAGAACUGGCAUGCUGAAGUUUUGGAACCAUUCUUUUUGUUUCUUUCAGCAUUAUUUGUAGGAGGGCUGGUGAAUUUUGCUGUUCUAUUUUUCAUCAUCAUUUCUGCUACCAGUACUAUUAGCCAUUUAGGUAGGUGCACAUAAUAAUAUUGUAUUCAGAUAUCAUAAUUAUUUGCAUGACUGACUGUUUAUGGAUGAGCACAUGGUUAGAUCACACAGACCUCUCUAGCUAAGUUCUCAGUGGAAUGCUAGAAGUGUAAUGAUCUCUUAGUUUUGCUCUGCCACCCUGGGCUGGUUCUUGGAAAAAAUAAACCCAAAAAAGAAAAGUUACCACACUUAUUUUUAUUGAAGGAGGUCACUAGCCCUCUCCUGAUCACAAAAAAAAAAGAUAGAACUUCUCACAUUUAAUAACCUUACACUUAACUGCGGUCACAUUUUCCCACCAAAAUGAUGCUGCUGUGCAGACAAAUUAGUCCUGUUCUCUUAGUUCUUCCUCAUUGUAGAAUCUUAAGCUCUCUUUUUAUUCAAACAAACACUCUACUAACCUUAGAGUGUUGUAAUCUCUGACAGGUUGCAUGCUGAUGAGUGCUGGAUUAGGUCUGUUGUUUGGAUUACUGAUAUUUGCAUUGUGGUGGUUCACUGGAUGGACCAGACUUUGUCUUGUUUUUGAUGCUCUUUUCCUUGGUUUCCUGGUUGGAGCAACUCUAAUGUUUACUCCAUUUGGUAAGUCCAUGGGGUCAGUUACAAAGGGUUAAAGAAAAAUGGAAAACGAAAGUCGUCACCCCCCAAAAGUGGUUGCAGGUACAUAAAGAAAUGGUCUUUAAUGAGAGGUUCUAAUUAUAGAACUUUGACAGAAAGUUUUGUUGUUUUUGGAUCUGUGGUUGCUUACACUUGGUCGCACAUAGAGGAUUGAAUGUAUUGUUAUUGGACAUAAAAUGCCAUUGCCAGUGAGGUGUAGUUAAAUUAUUAUUUCAUAAUAUUUAUUUACAGUACUGUAACAUUCUGUGUUUCAUUCCGUUCAUGGGUUAAGUUGAACUCUUCAAAUUGGCCUGCUUCCAUUGUAUGGGUCUUCAUAGCUCAGUCGGUAGAGCACGACAGGGCCAACGCAGAGGCCAUGGGUUCGAAACCUGUCGAAGUCUCAAAAUUUUGGGGGGUUAAUUUGCAAUUGCUUAAAUUGCAAUUACCACUGCAACGAUCAUAUCGUCAUUUGAAAUAUGUAUUUACUGUGUUAUUACAGGUGACUUGGAUAUUUUUGAGACAAGUGAAUUUGACUAUGGUGCUGUCCUAUGUGCUCUCACCAUUAUUGUUCCAGUUGUUCUAGUACUCUGGCCUCGUGUGGUAAGAUAUUGCUUCAUAAGUAAACCGAAUUUUAGUGAAGCACACCCUCUGAUUGCCCUUCGAGCAUGGUUUUUAACUUUUACAAAGUCGCAGGGUACCUCUGAUUGGACAGGCUCAUUAUUUUAUCCGCUGACGUAUGAUGAGAGAAAGCAAACAAACGCUCAGGUCAAGGCACUUUAAUUUACCUGCAACUAUGAUUCUGGUAACGAGCUUUUAACCCAGAACUGGGAAAUAUAGCUGUUCAGGAUCAUCAUGGGCCUGUUCAGGUAACAGGCAAUAGUUGCUUGACAUUUUUUCAGCAUGAUUGUGAGUUGUGAGUUGUCAUACAAGGUAUUUGGUCCCAAAAGUGAGCAACAACAAUUUUCCCCUUGCAGUGUCAAUACAUUGAUCAUCAUGAGAAAAAAGUUAUUAGAAUUAACAAUUAAAAUGAUCACUUAAGGGAAAAUGCUUUAAUCUUUUUCAGUGAUUUCGUUACCUCUGCGUCCUGCGUCCCUGACGCAUAAAAAUCCCCAAAAUGCACAAAAGUUCAUAGCAUGCGUCCUGUAGGAUGCUAAGAUCGAUUGAUCCAUCGAUCUGAAGAUGUUUUUGUAGAAUAUCCUGUUUGUGUGAUUUCUGUGGCGGUUUUUGUUGCUGUCGUUUAACAACGUAUAUUUAGAUUUUAGUGUUCGUUGUGCUUUAGACAAGAAUAUCUUUUAUCUGUCUGGUCACAUAAAGGCCCAAGCAUUUUCAAUUAAUAGGACUUACUGUUUUUUGAACUGGAACUCAAUAAUUCUGGAUUGGCGCUCAUGAUUUGCUCACAAGAUGAGUCUUAGGACUCACCAUAACUAUUUGUAACAAAAUCACUGCUUUUUCAACUAAUUCCUCGAAGAAAUGUAUGGAGAUCAGUUGGGAGAAUUUGUAUGAGGAUAUUAGGACUCAGGGUUAAAGUGGCCACACCCUGUUGUUAGAGUCGAAUUCUCGCUCUUCAGGUUGUCCAUGCCAGUUUAGUUUUGUGAUGUCACAUUUACAGCAGUAGUUCUUACAGACAAAUAUGAACCACAACAGUCAAGUUUUUCCAGUAUGUUACACAUCAAGUCCCAAAUCUCUAAGCCCGUGUAAUUGCGAGGGUGCAGUGUGUAACAUUCAUUUUAAAAAAUGAUGAACAGUAAUCAGUCAGGUUUUACUUGAUUUAAUCACUUUCUUCUUUUAUCACAGCUUUGUAUUGCAUACACUACCAUCGUAUCUUCAUAUGCCUUUGUUGUGGGUAAGUACAACAUGCCUUCAACAUAGGCUCUAACCUGGGACAAAAAACUCUCGAGUAGUCCACCCAUAUGAAUUCGAAUGACCCCAGAAAUUCUUAUGCCUAACCCAUGUAUCCAUUUGUUUGUAGAACAGCGACAUAGACAUGGUCAGAGACGUAAGAUAUGUCAAGAAAAAUAGCAAGAAGAGUGUGUAUGAAAUUUAAAGACAAAGCUACAACCUUCGGUCAUAACUUGACACACAUUACAAAAAUACCUAUUUUUCCUGUCAUCCUGACAAAAACGCAAACCGUCGCCAAAUGAAUGAGAGUUUUACCACAACCUCUUAUCCAGAAUCAUACACGUUGGUCUUCAGACCGCAACAACAUUGAAUAGGGGGGUGGGGGAUACUUUGUUCUGUUUAGAGGAGAUAACAGUAUGGUGCAAAAAUAGAUAAAAGAUAGAACUAAUUGUAUGUAAGCAGUGAUUGGUUAAUGAGUGCCUUAGUAUACCUUUGAACAAUCGUAACACUUGUCCUCGCAAGCAAUCCCAGAAAUCAGUGCGUCGAGAUCUUGUACCCAUUCUCCCUACACAAUAGUUUAUGGAUUGGUGAAUUGGUGGUUCACUCCUCUACCCCUUUACGCUCUGCAAUACCUCCCAUGUCUUAUCUUACGCAAAACCCUCAAAGUUAAGCAACGACAUCUUUGUUCUCUGUAACAUAAUCAAGCGCUCAUGAAGUGUUUGGUUUUUUUAGGUAUCGACUUCUUCUUGCAUACCAGCCUUUCUUACAUAGUUGUGGAUGUUAUUCUUCACGCUACGAAGCCGCAGUUUCGCAAAGAUCACAUCGUUGUCACCAGACCAUUCCAACAAAAUGGUAAGAAAUGGAAUAUUCCAUUCACGUCGGAAACUCCUGCUUUAACUCGAAUUAAUUUUAGAGAUUCCUGCACCGCAUUUCAGCCAGAGUAAUUUUGGUUACAGACAAUCUCUAGCUUGACUCUCAGACCAUACUACCACAAUCUGUGUCUUGAAUGAAUUUACGUUGUGCGUCAAAACUGUGGUCUAGAGCUUUCAUUGUCGAUACCUCAAUUUCGGUAGUACCAUAAGCAAACACUAAAUGGAAUCUCUCCAGGUUCAGAGGCUCUUAAAGGGCACUGACGGGUGAAUGCCCGGUUAGUGUUUAAUUGCUGCGAUCCCCCAGGCGAGUAGCACACUAAUCUUUGGGUGUCCUGUGGUUCCUUGGGUGUCCUGUCGCUAAAUGGGGGAAACAGUCUCUAUUUUCGUGUCAGGAUGACUUUUAGCAGAAAAGGCCAGCGGUAUCGUUCUCCAGGGAAAUUGCUUUUUGUCUGUUCAUUAAUUAUGCAUACAUAUGAACAUGGAUGCACGUGCAGAAGACGAUAUUUGAAAGAAACAGUUCUCAGACCAUCACGUGGUCUGAAAUGGGAAAACAAAACAUACAAGCUAAAGAGGUCUAUUGUAAUACUGAACGCUAAGUUUCGCAUUGUGGCGCGCGCAAACAGUUUCGGACUGUAAACUGGCCAAUAAAGACCCUAAUCAUAACUAUAACAAAAUUCUCAAAUCUGGUUGGCUAUCAACUGCCCUGAUUUCAGCACUAACAGGACAGUACGCUAAGUUAUUGGACAGUACGCAAAACCCGGUCCAAUUCGGUCUGUAAUCAUACUCGUGAUUAAACAAAUCGGUCUCUCGCUAUGCGGUCGUCCGAUUUUUUUAAUCACUCGUAUGAUUACAGACCGAAUUGGACACUGCUCAGUCCUGUUACCAUUACAAAUCACAAAGAACUCUUGAUUUUGGACCUCCCUCCGUGUCUUUUAUCCCACUAUUAGUAAUUGACCCAAUAAAAAGGUCUGUAAUUAGCAAAAUAUGUAUGCCAGUUCAUCGUUUCUUAGAUGUUAUUUUAUCUGCUCAGCAUCUGCUCGCAGCAAUUUGUUAUCCUUACAAUUUGUAACCUGUAGUUUAUAAUACAGAGUAAUCAGUAGGAAGUUCUCAAUGUUAUUAUCCGUGCAAGCUCCUUUCACGGAAGAAGACAUGCCAACAGAGAACUUUGUUAAGCUGCGGUGGAGAAUUCAUAAAAUAUUUUAGGUAAAGGAAAUAAGACUGGCCUACUCGUAGAAUCGUCAAGGGAUAUUCAUAACAGAGCAUGGCUUGAAUAAGCUAAACCCUGUGGUAACUGCUUUCCUUUACUCUCAAUUUGUGCUAAUUGGUAACUUACCCUUGGUUUUCAUUUUAAUCCCCUAGACUACAUCUUGUCAGCUACAUGGCUGCUUCUAGCGGUGCUUGGAGUUUUCGUUCAGGUUAUCCUCGCCAAAAUCUACAAGAUGCAACUCCCAAAGAGCGGCUUCAUCCAGCAGUCAAAAGUUCGACGACAACUAAAAAAACAAACCAAAUCCAAUUCAACUGAGACGACGCCUAUUUUAAUCAACAGUGGCAAGCUUGAAGGGUAUGGAACGAACAAUGGCAUCUGCUGACAAAUAAUUACUGCUUACAUGACCACAUGUUUGUAUGGCACUCAAGGGAGGAGUGGACCGAAUGAUGUCUUCGCUGACAAUCCCAUCAACGUUCAUGAUCAACGGAGGGUAUAAAACGGAUUAUUAUAUAAACACCAAUGAAAUACCAGGUGAGCUUUCGCGCGAAAACUUGAUAUCUUCACAUGUAAAAAUAACAUGUUCUCUUCACAUGUGAAAAUAUCACCAUUGCUAUGGAUACAUAAUAAAUCGCGUCUUUCACACCAAAAAACUAUUAAAUUGAAAUGGUUUGGUAUUUCAUUGGUGUUUAUAUAAUAAAUAGAACAUUACAUGGCUGCUUUUAGAUACGAAAUUUCCCUUCUUUUCAACACGAGAAGAGAAAUUUCGUAUCGCCGCGUGGCCAUGUAAUAUCCUCUAUUUAUGAUAUCUGCUGAAAACGUCUUCAAAGUAAACGAUCACAGAUUGUGUAGCAAUCCAGAAAGACAUAAGGUGAAUGUAUUGGUAUCUGCGAGAAGCUAGACUUGGAAAGGGGAAAAUGAAUAACUUUGCCGUAAUGUAUUACGUAACCAUAUUAAAAUUAAUUUGAAAUAUUGUAAAUCUUACAAACUGAAAAAAAAUUGAAAAUUCGACCGUUACUACGCUCAAAAUAUUCUUUGCUAAGAACAAAUAUCAAAUCCGCAGUAGCUUGUACUGCCUGAAAACCGUUGAUUGUUGUAUCAAACUGUCCUUAAAAGCAUCUGACAGGGCAAAAUAACCUUGUUUUUGGAAAAUUUGGGUUGUUGAAGUAGUGUUACAUCAGAUUGUCUUAAGCACCAUUUAAACUGGCGUGAUUUAUCGGAGUCGAGUGAUGAGUUUUACGGCCGGCGAGUUUUAGUUUGGUCUGUCUGCGAUCUCGUUAUGGAAGGUGCUGAAGUGGAAAGCAGUAGUUUAGUAGCAUUUUUAAAAUGAAGCACAUGGAGCUGCUUGUAAAUAGUACUGGUAAGAUUCGUAAGGACUCUUGAUUCGCGAAAAAGCUAUGAAAUUUAGGCAAGCGAUUUUUCCAAACCCGGAAAAAAAAGAUAAACUGGUGAAACAGGAGAAACCGGAGUUUAUCGUCAUCUUUUAAUACUGUAACAAGUUCAUUAUUGCUGAGUGAGUUUUUCCCCGGUAGGCAAAUCGUUCAUCUGUCGCCAAAACAUCAAUCCCUGAACGAGAAAUUUCAGCAUGAACAAUCCAUGUCGCUGUUGCACUGGAAAAGGUUGGUUCCCGCGUUUGUCAAGGUUUCUAUCGAUAAUUUAUUUCAUAACCUCGAGUC